AUCAUAGUUGGGGUGCUUCUCACUAUGUAUCUGGGAUAUAGAUGGCGAAGGAGGCAUUUAUCUGCGUAUGACUCAGUUGAAGAGUUCCUUAAAAACAACAACAAUCUCAUGCCAAUAAGAUACUCCUACUCAGACCUCAAAAAGAUGACUAAAGGGUUUAAGGAUAAACUUGGUGAGGGUGGUUAUGGCUCUGUUUACAAAGGAAAACUUCGAAAUGGACGUCUAGUUGCAGUCAAGAUGCUAGGUGGCAGGUCCAAAACUAAUGGACAAGAAUUCAUCAAUGAAGUUGCUACCAUUGGAACAAUCCACCAUGUUAACGUUGUGCACCUUUUUGGCUUCUGUGUUGAGAAAUCAAAAAGAGCUCUUGUGUAUGAGUUCAUGCCUAAUGGUUCCCUUGACAAGCAUAUUUUCUCUAGAGAAGGAAAGAUCCCUUUGAGUUGGGAGAAAACUUUUGAGAUUGCACUUGGUGUGGCUCGUGGUAUUGAAUAUCUUCAUCGUGGGUGUGACAUGAGGAUUUUGCAUUUUGACAUAAAGCCUCAUAAUAUUCUUCUUGAUGUGAACUUCUCUCCAAAGGUUUCAGAUUUUGGGCUUGCAAAGUUGUAUCCAACUGAUUACAGCAUUGUGUCCCUAACUGCUGCAAGAGGAACCAUGGGUUACAUGGCACCAGAGAUGUUCUAUAAGAACAUUGGAGGCAUUUCGUACAAAGCAGAUGUUUAUAGCUUUGGAAUGUUGUUAAUGGAAAUGGCAAGUAGGAGAAAGAAUGUGAAUGAAUUUGUUGACAAUCCAAGCCAAGUUUAUUUCCCUUCUUGGGUUUAUGACCAAUUCAGUGAAGGGAAGGAAAUAGAAAUAGAGAAUAGUACUACCGAGGAGGAUGAGAAAAUAUUGAAGAAGAUGAUAAUUGUUGCAUUGUGGUGCAUACAAAUGAAACCUAGUGAUCGACCUUCAAUGAGCAAAGUGGUUGAGUUGCUUGAAGGAGAUGUUGAGUCCUUAGAAAUGCCUCCAAAACCAUUUCAAACUCCAAAAGGAAUGCCAGUAGAAGGUAUGGGACAAUUCAGAAAUCUACCUUGGUUGCCACACGGGGAUUCUACUAAUUCAUUAACCUUUGUUCUGAAUCGACAUUAA